CCAAACAGUGGCACGCUGUCGCUCAUGGCUUCAUUUCGGUCGACGUGCGCACUUUUUCGCUCUUUCAGCAUCGUGUUGAGGAUCCCAUUCAUGCCCUGACCCCGUGCACCCCAGUCGUUUAAGACAUCGUUAGAGCAACGGCUGCGUCCUGUCUUCGUGGCUGUUCAGUGCGAGUGACGAUGCUGUGCCGCUUUUUAUUGUGGAUGUGUACUGUGGUCGUGCAAUGUCGGAUACAAGGACCCGCCAACAAAGAACAACCAUUUGCCUCCAUAGUCUACACUGCGGUUGUCCGAGGCAAAGUGGCACUGCCCUGUGACAUUAGCCCUCCAUCGCCGGAUGACUCUGUCACAUUAGUGCUGUGGUAUAAGGAUGAGAGCCUAGAACCUAUUUACACCCUGGAUUCUCGGAGAGGCCAUUUGGACCAGGCAAAGCAAUCGUCGCUUCCAACCUUUGAACACAGAGCCUUCUUCAACAUGGCCAAUGAACCAGCUUUUCUACAAAUCGACCCCGUUGAAGAAUUUGACGCCGGAGAAUACCGGUGUAGGGUCGACUUCCGUAGGGGACGCUCCAUCAACACUAUUAUCAACCUUAAAGUUAUAGUGCCCCCAGGAGAUCCCAUUAUUCUGGAUGACGAAGGGAGGAGGUUAGAAGGCCUCGCAGGAAGAUUCAACGAAGGCGACAACCUGCGUCUCGUCUGCGAAGUGGAAGGAGGCAAACCUCGUCCUGUAGUGACGUGGUGGCGUGACAAACGACUGGUGGACGACAACUUCACGUUCAGUGAAGACGGCACGACAGCACGUAACAAGUACGAAAUCAAAGAGCUAAGAAGAUCGGACUUCCUAACUGUGCUCGCUUGUCAAGCUGCCAAUAACAACGUUACGAUGGCUGUCUCACGCUCCAUAACACUUGACAUGAAUCUGAUCCCUUUGGAUGUCACCAUUCAACCGCCCAACCGUCCCCUGUCAGCUGAUCAGGAACUAGAGCUCGUCUGCACAUCCAGUGGAUCCCGUCCGCCGGCUCUGCUCACGUGGUGGAAGGGAGGAGAGCAAUUAAUCUCUUCCAAAGAACACCAAAUGCAAGAGGGACUGAGCACCAGUUCGAGCGUGAUUAUCUUCACACCACGUGCGGAGGACAACGGUCAAGUACUCUCGUGCCGUGCCGAGAACCAAUUCAUCGCUGGCAGUGCAAUAGAGGAAGGCUGGAAGCUGGACGUCUUCUACACGCCUCGAGUUAUGCUACAGUUGGGGCAGAACCUCAAAGCUCACGACAUCCAGGAAGGCAACGACGUGUACUUGGAGUGCCUCGUAGAUGCUAGCCCGCCGGCAUCGGAAGUCGCCUGGUUCUUUGGAGGCCGCGAAGUGAUAACCGACCUGUCGGCGGGAGUCAUCAUUAGCAAUCAAUCGUUUGUGCUGCAGAAGGUUCGUCGAUCUCACCGUGGACACUAUACCUGUGCAGCUGUUAAUCGCGAAGGACGGGGCGUCAGCAAUGUGUUCACACUCCGGGUUAAAUUUGCUCCAAUGUGCAAAGCCCAUCAGAAGCGGAUGUACGGCGUGUCCCGGAGGGAAUCCAUUAGCGUUCGCUGCGAACUAGAGGCCGAUCCGGGAGAAGUGACUUUUCACUGGCGCUUUAAUAGUUCGUCGUCUGGGAAACGGCUCGACUUGGCUAGCUACAGCAACACCUUCACACAAAGCACCACCGUCUACACUCCAGAGAGCGAGGACGAUUAUGGCUACUUGCUCUGCUGGGGAGUCAACGAAGUGGGAAAGCAGAUUCGACCAUGCAAUUUCACUGUGAUUCCCGCGGGACCGCCCGAGCCGGUCAGUAACUGCACUCAGGUGAACGCCACAGAAGAUGCCGUCUCUUUCGAGUGUGUUUGGGACGCCUGGGACGGCGGGGUAUCUCCCGUAACAUAUCAGGCAGACGUGUACGACGCAGACUUUGGAGUGUUACUAGCCAAUGCGUCUUCUACGGGGAGCCCUUCUUUCACGUUUGAGGGCUUGCCAGGAGGUACCACUUUUCGGGUGGAUGUUUACUCGGUGAAUGCGAAAGGUCGAAGAACUCCGCAUCGCGUCAUGGUGAACACGUUGCGACCUGCUGAAAAACUGACAGCGGGAAGUCAAAAUAUAAGUAUCAUUGCUCCAGUGGUUGGGGCACUGACUGGUAUCGUGCUCACACUCAUUCUCGCUGUCGUGGUCAUCCUUCUUUGUUUGAGGUACAGUCAACAAGGGAACGCCAAAGUUCAUAAAGAGGACAAGAAGGAAGACAAGCAUACCUCAUUGAUGAAGAAAGGUAUCGACGAAUAUGUUGAGCUUGACGAGAAGGGACCAGACAUUAUCCCAUCAACGCCUCUCAGCAAAACGCAUUUUUCUGCACAAGAGGAUGAGGUUGACCAGCGGAUGGCGUGUUUAAAGGAACCGAUGUCGACAUACUACAACCUGACCGUACAGCUCAAGGAUAAUUCAGCAAGUGGUGCCUGUUACGAGCCUAAAUAUACAAGCAACGUGGGCCCAUGCGCCUAUGAGAUGUCCUACGCGGAGCUGCCUGUACAGAAACCAGCUCUUAGCUCGGAUACAGCAGCGGCCGGGCACCUGAAGAUUCAAAGUGAACAAGAUACAGAGUACGCGAACGUUGACUUCAAGAGAACUGCGGCGUUGAGGCCUCUACCUCCCGGACACGAGAUACCUGGAACCAGGGCGGACGCUGGUCUCCAAGAAGGCGUCCGAUCUACGCCAUUCAGUGAAACGCCGGCACCAUCUGGAAACCGAAUGGAGAGUACAGUCUAGCCAUUAUAUUAUGUAUUCCUGGUUAAUACAUAGUAAAUCCUAAGUGAGACUAGAAGUUCUGCAAUACUUCUGCGACGAUCGGAAACCAACUGGGCAGCAGUGCGCGUGAAGUACCUAGGCCUCACAGCCUGAGCGGCCUGGAGUGACAGCACGUGAGGCAGGAGUACGCACAAAUGGCAGCAUAUCCAGCCACGAAAAAAAACUGUUCAACGUGAUAACUGAUUCAAGAAGGGACAUUUGUACACUGAUCUAUUGGACGCAAGGGCACGCUGACUGAUUUGUGUAAUCUUCGUGUGUCGAAAUUAGUUGACCAGCGUAGUUUCCUUCAAGUGCUGUGGCAAGUGACGGCAGUUACUCCCUCAGCAUGGCGCUGCGCGUCACGGUACGAACUCAACGUCACUGCGGAGUUCAUUUUAUGCAUUCUGUGCUUUCUAAAACAGCAUGCAGAAGCGAAGGAUAAUACAUGUGCCAUUCCUGGUAACUGAAUAUGGUGAGCGUCACUAAAGUAUUAAGGUUUUCGUGUACGAAACCAUCUCCUCUUCGCACACAAU